AUGCUCUCCCUUGUAGUGUCUUCUCCAAGGGUCUACGUCCCCACUGUCUUUGAGAACUAUGUCGCCGACGUCGAGGUGGAUGGCAAGCACGUCGAACUCGCCCUCUGGGAUACCGCUGGCCAGGAAGAUUACGACCGUCUCCGCCCGCUCUCAUACCCCGAAUCCCACGUCAUUUUGAUUUGGUUUCCCAUCGACUCCCCCGAAUCCCUCGAUAAAGGCCUGCCUAUUAUCCUCGUUGGCUGCAAGAAGGACUUGCGCUUGGACCAGAAGACGAUUGAGGAGCUGCACAAGACUUCGCAGAAACCUGUAACUCCCGAGCAGGCCGAGGAUGUGCGUAAGAAGAUUGGCGCCCAGAAGUACCUAGAGUGCUCGGCAAAGACGAACGAGGGUGUCCGAGAGGUUUUCGAGCAUGCCACACGAGCUGCUCUCCUUACCCGGAAAGAGAAGAAGUCGAAGAAGUGCCUGAUCUUGUAA